ACGUGACGGUGCAGCUCGAGGUCCCCGGUGCAGCCUAACGCACUGUGCAUCCUGCAUCGCCUUGCCUGGUACAACCUAACGCACUGUGCAUCCUGCAUCGCCUUGCCUGGUGCAACCUAACGCACUGUGCGUCCUGCAUCGCCGUCUCCCCCAGCUAAACCCUCCGAAGAUAGCCAUCAUCCGGCCGACGACCGAGUGUUCUCGCUGUAUGAUGGCUGCGCAGAAAAUCAACGAGGCGCACGACCACAUCGCCAAAGCCGAGAAAUGCCUAAAGACCAGCAUGACAAAGUGGAAACCAGACUAUGACGGAGCGGCGUCCGAAAUGGCCAAAGCUGCUGUGGCUUUUAAAAAUGCCAAGCAGUUCGACCAAGCAAAGGACGCCUACCUCAAAGAAGCGGAGUACCACACUGAGAACAAAACACUGUUCCAUGCUGCAAAGGCAAUUGAACAAGCUGGUAUGAUGCUAAAGGAGAUGAAGCGCAUGUCUGAGGCCAUCGAGCUGAUCGAGAAAGCCAGCGUGAUGUACGUGGAGAACGGGACGUCCGGCACCGCGGGCAUGGCUCUGGACCGGGCGGGCAAACUUAUCGAACCAAUGGAUCUUGAGAAAGCUGUGGACUUGUAUCAGAAAGCUGCGUCUGUCUUUGAGAAUGAAGACCGACUGAGACAGGCCGCGGAGCUGCUGGGGAAGGCAUCCAGGCUGCUGGUGCGACUACGCAGGCUGGAUGAGGCGGCUGUCUCCCUCCAGAAGGAAAAGAACAUGUACAAGGAAAUUGAGAAUUACCCCACCUGCUUCAAGAAAACUAUAGCCCAAGUACUGGUGCAUCUCCACCGAGGGGAUUUUGUAGCAGCGGAUAAGUGUGUGAGAGAGAGUUACAGCCUCCCAGGGUUCAGUGGUAGUGAGGACUGCGUUGCCAUGGAGACGUUACUAGCAGGCUAUGAUGAGCAAGAUGAGGACCAGGUGUAUCGUGUGUGCAACUCGCCUCUCCUCAAGUAUAUGGACAAUGAUUACGCAAAGCUGGCCAUCUCUCUGAAGGUGCCGGGUGGAGGGGGCAAGAAAAAGAAAUCCCCCGGCGCUCCACAAGAGGGCGCUGGAGGAGCACCACCAGUGGACGAGGAGGACGAUUAUGACGGAGGGCUGUGUUAGGCUCGGAAACAUCCUAAAACGCCUCCAAAUACCUGUGUGUGUGUGUGUGUGUAUGUGUGUGUGUGUGUGUGUGUGUGUGUGUGUACGCGCACGUGCUUCCCAUGUAAACCUUCUAGACCUUGAGAGUCCACUGAAAAAAAGUGAAAUGUAUAAAUUUAAAUCGAAAAAGAAUAUAAAAAAAUAUUUAAAGUGUUAAAAAAAUAGAUAUAAUUGUUAAAUGUCAGUUUAUUUAUCAAAUGUCUUUCGAGAUGUAUUUCUUUUAUUGUUGAGGUUAUUGUCAUGUGUACAGUAUCAGGUCACGUGCUGGUUUAGUGACCUGUCGGUAAAUCAGUGAUGUAGUUUUAAAUCAAAUCAUUUAUAUGGCUUAUGCAAUCAUCUUUCAAACGUCCACGACGUACAGUAACGUGCUCAUAGUGUUGUUGAACGUGAAAGGUUUGUGCAGCUAAAAGAAUUGCUCGACUGUGAUUCACGUGGAAUUAGCAUGGCCAUGCUGAAGCUGCUAGCUUUUUGUCUGAAAUUCCCGCUGAAUGUGUAGCGAUGUUUGUUGUGGGCACAGGGCACAGCAGAUGGACUGGGAACAACCCGAUUUAUUUAUCAAGCAUGUCAAAGUAAAAGUCCUGACUUAGAGUUGGGUCUCACCCCAUUUCCGUAUGAUUGUAUUCACUCGGAUGCAAAUCACAAGAUUUAAUCCCAUUUUAAAACUCUUAAUCUGGGGUGGGGCAUAAUUAUCCUGAUGAGACAAUGCCCCUCCAAAAAUCAGAACUUAAAAACGGAGGACGUCCCCUGAGUUGUUCGACUAAUCUGUGCCUAAAAGCACACAAGCGGAGUGACGCGAAGGGGGUGUGGCCAACUACGGUUAACGCUGCAACGUCACCAUACGUAAGGAGUGCAGCUGUGCUUUGCAUCAUAAGCCACAGGAAAGACUAAAUGUCCUAAUGUCCUCGAAUUUAUCAUUCUCAUGUCUGACCACGUUGGUUGUCAAAUCCAGUCAGAUAAGGUUGCCAAAGAGACUGGUCUUGCCUGUAAAAUGCAUUACUUUGAUGAUGAUGACGGCAGUGUACACAGCAAUAAAAAUCUCUGCUGGCA